GAGCUCCUCCCAUAAAGCUGAUGGGCACUGGGUGCCUCCUCCUGGCUGCCAGGACAGCCUGCUGAAUAUUCUUCACUACCCUCAGGGUGCCAACUCGCCCACCACGUCACUCAGCCCGGACCCCUUCAACGUCCCAAUGUCCCUGGUGUUAACAGGCCGAGGAGGGAAUUCCUUCAGCGAAGACUCUUCCUUCAAUACAGACGAGAUCCAGAACGUGCCACCUUGGGAACCCCGCACCUUCCCGCUUUCCAACGCUGACUACCGGGCACUCCAGGACCCCUCCCACAAAACCUUUGGCCAGCAGUGGGACAAAGCCUUGAGGACUAACCACAUCAACGCCGCUGGCCUCUCUCACCCGAGAGAGGUGCUCCCAGCCAAGCAUCUGAUGCCUCCCAAGGACGGCGAUCGGCAGCACCAGGCCGAGCCUUGUUGCUUCGUCACGCCCACGUUGAACAACAGAUGACCUCUCGGGCCCCGGAGAGAAGACGUCGGGAGAGUUGCACCCACACUCUAGAGAGGCAUCACUGAGCUCGGCUGGCAAGCCCGCCACCGGGAAAGUCAGGCACAAAGUGGAGGUCCAUCUUUGGACUAGGAGUUCCCCAUGACCGUCGAGGAAGGGCCGGCAGGGGCCAUUCACCAAGCCUCUGUGGGGCGGGAGGAGGGUGUGAUUUGGAUAAGCCCAUCGGUAGGUGUGAGGAUUCGGAGCACCACACAGGAAGGAAGGUUAGGGGCUGCGGGAGACCACCCCUCAAAAAAGGGGGAAGCGAAGAGGCCGCAACACACACCAAGAGGGGACGGUUGGGAACGGACGCCAUUGAUCGGGACCUCAAAAGCAGGAAGAAAGUGUGGAUUGAUUGGGGAGAUUGAUUAGUGGAUGAUGGGCUUCGUCCCCGGAGCCCCUGGUUAUUGGGGUGGGGGCUAUGAAAGAGGGGUCUGCAGGAAAGGGCGAUAAAUUUCACACAAUUUAUCAUUUUGAUCUAUGUCGUUCUAGAAUUCACGGUUUUCCGAAUGCAAAACCCUUUCUGGAAUUGGUGGUUUUUCCUAACUUGGAAACAUGGUCUAUCCUGAUCUCUCUUUUUUUUUU